AUGGCUUCCGGCGAGACCGUGAUAUGCUCUGCUCUAACCUCCCGAAGCCCUCCGCAGCAUAUGCUCCUUCAUCGUCACAUCCGAAGCUCUCCGCCGGAGCUGCAGCUGAUCCGAAGAACGAACUCCGCAAUCCACCGGCAACCUUGGUCGUUGGCGAGUUUCUCCGGGUACGAUAGGCCUUGGUACUUUACUCAGUCUCCGACGUCCUCCAUGGAGAGGGAUGAGGCUUAUCGUCCGUAUUUACGGUGGUUAUCUUUGGGGCCGGCGAAAUCUCUUCAAAGCCUAAGGCCACAUCGGGAGCCGCCAGGAACGCCGGAGCAGCGGGAGUCUCAGGAUCCGCCGGAGCCUCCAGGUCUGCCGGAUCCACCGCCGCGAAACGAGCGAAUCUCUGGUGCUUAUCAUCGGAUCCUCCCACCUCAACCGGCGGCAGUUGGAAUACGGCUUCCUUCGUCGAGAUGUUACUGCCACAACGCGAGGUCACCGUCCUCCUUCCGUUUGAUUUUCUCCGGUGUAGAUGACCUUCUGUGGGGUCCGAUCUGUGUCCCUGUACCGGAAAGCGAAAUCGAUAAAGGCGACGGUGAGAUCUCGGAAGCUGAAUUCGAAGUUGAUGGGCUGUUUGAAAGAGAUGGGCCUUCGAACAUUCAAACUGAUAGGUGGGCCUGGCCCAAAUGUUUUAAGGUACCAUGUUCUGUUUUUUUAAAUGUUCUCUGGGGAAAAAGCUCAUCAACUCCACAACAUAUAACUCCGUCAAAGUUAAGGCUACAGAAAGCUUCUACAACAAGAGAUGCUCGUUAUCUGAUCUCUACCGCUAUGGUCACUAAUCUUAAUGGGAGAUUGAAGUUGGAAGUUUCUGAAUCAAUUCUGGGCAGGCCAUUGCCCAGCUCGUUAAACCAAAUGGUCAAUGUUUCAAGGCUUUCCAUAUCGAGCGUGGAGUUGCCAUCUUGCCUUCUAUUCAACAAUCGUCGUGCAUCAAGUCGCCGCGUGGGUCUAUUCCGAGCUUAUCCGUCUCCGUGA